CAUAAAUAACCUGUGAGCUAUUGAACAAUACCGUUUACAAUUUGUGUUACGUGUACCGGUACAAUUUCUGACAACAUGCUUAUCCCGCUGUUGAGCUUAGCCUACGCGGGCGUGGUGCUUUACAAUGUUUUUGUAGUUAACGGUACACCGUAUAAUACAUUGUAUGCCUUGCAUCCUAUUUGCGCCUGCCUUUUCAUAGUAUUCGCCACGCUUGGCAUGUCAGCUGCUCAAGGCAUCCGUGGCAAGGUUGCGCAGUCCAUGCACACAAAGGAGCCCUACAUCACACGCCAUGCCAUUUACAACUGGCUUGCACUGUUUUCCCUAGCCGGCGCCUCUGCGACUAUCUACCUGAACAAGGAGCGCAACAGUCGGCCCCAUUUCGCAACCUACCACGGCAUCACGGGCGGCCUGUCAGGCGCCUUCUUCGUGGGGAACGUCUUGGGCGGUGCCUCCAUGAACGCCCUGCCCUCCCUGUCCAAGUACCUCCGCUUCCACCGCCUCAACGGCUACCUCAUCUACUCCGCCCUGCUAGCAGCGCACGGCACCGCCGUCUGGCGGGGGUAUGCGGGCUUCGCGGUGAAGACGGCCGCUGACAGCGGCAGCAGCGGCAGGAUCCAGGAUCUGGUGGCACUGUACGGCAGGCAUGCGUUGGUUGCGUUGUUGGGCCUUAUCUGGCUGAGCACCACGGCACGCAUGAAGCUGAGCUUGCUGCCAGGGGGUGGCGGUGGGGACAAGAAGGUGAAGGCUCAGUAAAGGGAACACGGGUGCGGUGGAGUACCAACCAACAAGUGAAUGGUUGGGACCUUGGAUGCGUUUGUGCGUGGUUGCGUGUCAGCAGCCCCCCAGAUGCACGGAUGGCUGGGAUGCAUGCAUGGGCGGGGUCGGAGCGGUGUCGGAAAGGAGUGUCCAGCUGGAUAUUGCUAGGUUGGUCUUUGUCAUGUGCGGGCAUGAUCUUGAAGCUUUGGGGCAUCGGUUGCUCAUUGGUUAGGCGGUUAAGAGCGAGUGAGUUUGUCAGGUCUGGAUGCCGUCUAGGUGGAUUUGCCGUCGGUUCGGUAACGGUUAGGAUUCGUUAGGGCUUCGUCAGAUCUCUAGCUAUCGUUAUGGCUUGGUUAUGUUGCGGUUAGCUGCUAUAAUAUUGGUUAUCUGGUUGGAUGUACCUGAGUGAACGCAGUCAGUUGGUAUCUUGGCGCGUAUCUGGUGUCAUCGGGUGCCAUGUGGGCCCUGUAUUACGCUUCCCGCCUUGCUCUUAUGCUGAGGAGGUGCGGCGCAGCGCACCUUUUGGCACUACCGUGCGGUUGCGGUUGUGUAGAGGCUCAUGAUAGAUUAUCAACAACUCUGACAGGAUUCUAACAACGUUAUUGCGUGAACGCGCCCAGCAGUGGCCUGCGCAUCCAUCGGUAUACUUGCGUGACGCGCCCAGCAGUGGCCCGCGCUAUAGAACGGUAAUCGCUAACCCAUUGAUAUCUUUAUUGAGUGUCUGCUAUUCCAAUCCCGCUGGGAGUGACUUCGUGGCCAUCCGUGCCCGAUCCAAGAGACGACAGUACAUGCCCGCGCUUUGAGUAACAACGGUCGGCAUUUAACAUCCAG